AUCGGGGGGGACCAUCAUGACGACUGGCCAAUUAAGAAUGACAGCUCUGGAGAAAGAGAGAGAGAGAGAGAGGGUAAAUGGUGAUCCCUCCCAGAGCUCCCUCUGCGCACUCUGGAGUGCUCUUCUCUCAGGGUCAGACCGGAUUGCAUCCCCUCUUUUUUCCAGAAGCCUCUCCUUCUCCUUGGGACUCAACCCCCCCACCCACCUCCACCACCACGACGGACUCACACGCACACAAACACACCCCUCCAACCUGAAAAUCAUCGCCUUGGAUUUGACGGCUCGCAGUACCCCGCGAACUCGAGAUUUUUAGUCGUGCUGGUGAUGGAAAGCAGAGAGGACAUGGUGAUGCUGGCGGAGGGAGGUCAGCGUGGCAAGAGCGGCUCUAAUUUGACGGAAACCAUCGGGAGCCCCGUGCGAGAACCGCAGGGGAAGCCGAGCCACAGGAGCUGUCUGAGCCCCGGCGCUGCGCCCUAUUCCAGGGACAGGACGGAGGUAGUGAUGGAGGAGAGCGCACGGAGGAAUAUGGGUGCCGAUCUGAGGCCAGUUGGCACGUCUUCCUCUGGAGAGAGGCACCGGAUUGAUCAUCACCACAAAGACGGCAGCAGCUCAGACACCGAGUCGGACUUCUACGAGGAAAUUGACGUGAGCUGCACGCCUGAAAGCAUGGACUACCCAACAGCUAAAGGUCGAAAUGGAGAUUCUCCGGGUCACCCGAAUGAGACUGGUGCUGACCCGGGAACGACUGUCCCGGGUCAGGGUUCCCUGUCGUACUCAGCAGAUCAGAUUCGCCGGUACCGGACAGCGUUCACCCGGGAACAGAUCGCACGACUGGAGAAGGAGUUUUACCGGGAGAACUACGUGUCCAGGCCGCGGAGAUGCGAACUGGCGGCAGCCUUAAAUCUACCUGAAACCACCAUCAAGGUGUGGUUUCAGAACCGCAGGAUGAAAGACAAGCGCCAGCGUCUGGCCAUGACGUGGCCUCACCCGGCCGAUCCGGCCUUCUACACCUACAUGAUGAGCCACGCGGCGGCCACGGGGAACCUGCCCUACCCCUUCCCGUCGCACCUGCCGCUACCUUACUACUCCCACCUAGGUGUCGGAGCUGGCUCGGCUCCGGCAGCUACUCCUUUCUCGAACCCCCUACGCUCCCUCGAUAGUUUCAGGAUGCUGUCUCACCCCUACCAGAGGCCGGACCUCCUGUGCGCCUUCAGACACCCCUCCCUAUAUCCAAGUCCGACCCACGGCCUCGGUCCCGGAGGAACCCCCUGCUCCUGCCUGGCCUGUCAUUCCAGUCAAUCCAACGGUAUCUCAACUAGGCCCUCCGCCUCGGACUUCGCUUGCUCCCCAACAAGCAGGACUGACGCUUUUGUCACUUUCACGCCUUCAGUUCUCAGCAAAUCCUCAUCCGUGACAUUAGACCAGAGGGAAGAAGUGCCUCUGACCAGAUAAAACCAAAUCAAAACGACUCUUGUUCUAUAUAAGCCUUUACCAUAAGCUUUUAACCCGACAUAUUAUUAAAUGAUAAGGACUGAAACAGCAUGAGGAGGUAGCCUGUAAGCAGUGAAAGCAGCUUAAACUUGGGGCAAGAUAAUUAGCCAGAUCUAUCUAUGUGACGCACAACGAAUCUCCCAUUGCUGAAAAACAAAUCCCAUCAUAAUCUCGUUGCAGAGCCAGGACAGUUGGGCUGAAAUAUGAAGGCAUGAACACAAAAGCUGAUUUUUAGAAGAUUCAUUUGAUAUGUGAACCCAGAGAAACGUUUAAAUCGCCGUGAUGGAUUGCGUUAAGGUUUUUAUCAUUACUUGUCGUCUCUUUACGCGUCCAAAUCGACAUACAUGUACUGUUAGUUAUGUGAGAAUGAUGCUUCCCAUCUCUCUUUUUAACAAGGGGGAUUUGUUAACAGGCUGCGGGCCGUCUCAUUAUAAAGCAGCUCUCCACACAGGGGCCCUCCACGGCGGCCCGGGACGAAAUGUGCAGAUGCUAGUAAAAUUAGUAAGUGAUGUAUAUGUACGACCCGGUGAAUUUUGAGUGUUGAAUUAAUGAUAAUACCAGGAAGGGAUCGUUACUGCCAAAAGGUAACAAGGCGCCAAGGGAACGGAUUACUACAGCCCGCACGGUUUGACGAGGGGGGAGGAGGAGGUGGAGGAGGACUCAGAAGAGGAUGGAGACUGACAGAGGGAGGACAAUCACAAUAAAAAAAGAAUAAGUGAACGCUUUUUGUUCUUUUCCCUUUUUUAAGGCCAUCAAACACUUUCGGUUUUCUCCCUUUGUGGUACGAGAACCAGUUCUUAAAUCUGAUGAAGUUGUGAUUAAUAUAUGCCUUUUAAAAUAUUUUUUCUCGCUUUGCACUGCUGCGGUGGCAACAGUUUAGUGAGAAUUUGUGGAAAAACAGGACUAACAAGUGACUGGUUGUGUUAUAUUUUAAUUUUAUUUUAUUUCUGGCUGGGUUGUC